UUCACGAUUUGGUCACACUGUUUAAAAUGUGUACAUUUAUCUUAGCCGUGUUUUAUCAGCAAAAUAAGUAAUAAAUAGAAAUAAUAGUGUAUAUUUAGGUCUUACAGUUACAGUAAAAAUACGUGCGCCGACAUUAGUUGGCGUAUUUAACGCGCGUUAAUAAUAUUUACCGGCAUUUAUUAUAGACCUUGCGUCUGAGUUACAUUCGCAAUCUAAAACAAUGGCACGCCCAAUUUUUCCCAAUCAGCAAAAGAUUGCUGAGAAGUUAAUUAUUUUAAAUGAUCGUGGCCUCGGCAUACUUACGCGAAUUUACAACAUAAAAAAGGCAUGCGGCGAUACCAAAUCGAAACCAGGCUUUCUGUCUGAGAAGUCCCUGGAGUCCUCAAUAAAAUUUAUUGUCAAGCGCUUUCCCAAUAUCGACGUAAAAGGCCUAAGUGCUAUUGUGAAUAUCAAGGCAGAGAUUAUUAAGUCCCUUUCGCUCUACUACCACACUUUUGUCGAUCUGCUCGAAUUUAAGGAUAAUGUGUGCGAGCUGCUGACCACAAUGGAUGCCUGCCAGAUUCACCUGGACAUAACACUCAACUUCGAGUUGACCAAAAACUACCUGGAUCUAGUAGUUACAUACGUAUCCUUGAUGAUAGUGCUCUCCCGCGUCGAGGAUCGCAAGGCAGUGUUGGGACUCUAUAAUGCCGCCUAUGAAUUGCAGAACAAUCAGGCAGAUACUGGCUUUCCUCGGUUGGGGCAGAUGAUUCUUGACUACGAAGUGCCGCUUAAGAAACUGGCCGAAGAGUUCAUACCGCACCAGCGUCUGCUCACAAACGCGCUUCGCUCUCUGACUUCCAUCUAUGCCCUACGUAAUCUACCAGCAGACAAGUGGCGCGAGAUGCAAAAACUCAGCCUAGUGGGCAAUCCGGCCAUUUUACUGAAGGCAGUGAGAACGGACACCAUGUCGUGUGAGUACAUUUCGUUGGAGGCCAUGGAUCGCUGGAUCAUAUUUGGGCUACUGCUGAACCACCAAAUGCUCGGCCAAUAUCCGGAGGUAAACAAGAUCUGGCUCUCCGCGCUGGAAAGUAGUUGGGUGGUAGCACUCUUCAGGGACGAAGUGCUGCAGAUCCACCAGUACAUUCAGACAACCUUCGACGGAAUCAAAGGCUACAGCAAACGAAUCGGCGAGGUGAAGGAGGCUUACAACACAGCCGUACAGAAGGCAGCUCUGAUGCAUCGCGAAAGACGCAAGUUUCUGCGGACCGCGUUAAAGGAAUUGGCGCUUAUAAUGACCGAUCAGCCUGGCCUAUUGGGUCCCAAGGCAAUCUUCAUAUUUAUUGGACUUUGUUUGGCGCGUGACGAGAUUCUUUGGCUACUACGCCAUAACGACAAUCCGCCGCUGCUCAAGCACAAAGGCAAGAGUAAUGAAGAUCUAGUGGACCGGCAACUUCCGGAGCUCCUAUUCCACAUGGAGGAACUGCGAGCCCUGGUGCGCAAAUAUAGCCAGGUAAUGCAGCGCUACUAUGUGCAAUAUUUGUCCGGAUUCGACGCGACGGAUCUAAACAUACGCAUGCAGAGCCUACAGAUGUGCCCAGAGGACGAGAGUAUCAUAUUUAGCUCGCUGUACAAUACGGCCGCUGGCCUUACUGUCAAGCAGGUGGAGGACAACGAGCUAUUCUACUUUAGGCCCUUCCGGUUGGACUGGUUCCGCCUGCAAACGUAUAUGAGCGUGGGUAAGGCAGCGCUACGUAUUACAGAGCAUAUGGAGCUGGCUCGCCUGCUCGACUCGAUGGUGUUUCAUACGCGCGUUGUGGACAAUCUGGACGAAAUACUAGUGGAGACUUCGGAUUUGAGCAUAUUUUGCUUCUACAACAAAAUGUUUGACGAUCAAUUUCACAUGUGCUUAGAAUUUCCGGCUCAAAAUCGCUACAUAAUUGCAUUUCCAUUGAUCUGCAGCCACUUCCAGAAUUGUACGCAUGAAAUGUGUCCAGAGGAGCGGCAUCAUAUACGCGAACGAUCGCUGAGUGUGGUUAACAUAUUUCUGGAAGAAAUGGCCAAGGAGGCAAAAAACAUCAUUACUACCAUUUGCGACGAGCAAUGCACCAUGGCGGACGCCUUACUUCCCAAGCACUGCGCUAAGAUCCUGUCCGUUCAGUCGGCUCGCAAGAAAAAGGACAAAUCCAAAUCCAAACACUUUGAUGACAUACGCAAACCAGGCGACGAAUCGUAUCGCAAGACCCGUGAGGAUUUGACCACCAUGGAUAAAUUACACAUGGCUUUAACAGAGCUGUGCUAUGCCAUUAACUACUGCCCCACUGUCAACGUGUGGGAAUUUGCCUUUGCACCGCGCGAAUAUCUCUGCCAAAAUCUCGAACACCGUUUCUCACGCGACUUGGUCGGCAUGGUAAUGUUCAAUCAGGAGACCAUGGAAAUAGCCAAACCAUCGGAGCUGCUAGCCAGCGUACGAGCCUACAUGAACGUUUUGCAAACGGUAGAGAAUUACGUACAUAUAGACAUAACCCGUGUGUUCAACAAUUGCCUGCUGCAACAAACGCAGGCGUUGGAUUCGCACGGGGAGAAAACCAUUGCCGCCCUCUACAACACAUGGUAUAGCGAGGUGCUGCUACGCCGAGUGUCUGCUGGAAACAUUGUCUUCUCCAUUAACCAGAAAGCGUUUGUACCCAUUUCGCCGGAGGGUUGGGUGCCGUUUAAUCCUCAGGAGUUUUCCGAUCUAAACGAAUUGCGCGCACUGGCCGAGCUAGUGGGCCCGUACGGUAUCAAGACGCUAAAUGAGACGCUUAUGUGGCAUAUUGCCAACCAGGUGCAGGAACUGAAAUCGCUGGUAAACACCAACAAGGAGGUGCUUAUCACGCUGCGCACUAGCUUUGACAAGCCAGAAGUAAUGAAAGACCAGUUUAAACGGUUGCAAGACGUUGAUCGGGUACUGCAGCGCAUGACCAUAAUUGGUGUUAUAAUCUGCUUUCGUAAUCUCGUGCAUGAGGCGCUGGUGGAUGUGCUGGACAAACGCAUACCUUUCCUGCUUAGCUCGGUCAAAGACUUUCAGGAGCAUUUACCAGGUGGAGAUCAGAUUCGGGUCGCCUCCGAGAUGGCCUCGGCGGCAGGUCUGCUAUGCAAGGUAGAUCCCACAUUGGCGACCACAUUGAAAUCCAAAAAACCCGAGUUUGAUGAGGGCGAGCACCUGACCGCAUGUCUACUUAUGGUAUUUGUGGCCGUAUCCAUACCAAAGCUGGCCCGCAAUGAACAUUCCUUCUACAGAGCUACCAUCGAUGGCCACUCAAAUAAUACACACUGCAUGGCGGCUGCUAUAAACAAUAUCUUUGGGGCAUUGUUCACCAUCUGUGGGCAGAACGAUAUGGAAGAUCGCAUGAAGGAAUUUUUGGCUCUAGCCAGCUCAUCGCUGCUGCGUUUGGGCCAGGAAUCCGACAAAGAGGCCACUCGCAAUCGAGAGUCCAUUUACUUGCUGCUAGAUGAGAUUGUUAAACAGUCGCCAUUCCUCACCAUGGAUCUAUUGGAAUCCUGUUUUCCGUAUGUCCUCAUCCGUAAUGCCUAUCAUGGUGUCUAUAAACAAGAACAAAUAAUGGGCCUCGGUCUAUAGAUGCCAUAGGGCAAGCGAUUCUUAACCGAGUAUUUAGCUAUAUAGUUUUUGAUAAUCGAUCAUUGUGCAUUAUGCUUACGAAUAAUGAGUAUAUUAUUCUAUUGUUAAACUUAAUAAUAAUAUUUGAUAUAUGAUAAUAACCCAACUAAACCCAUGUCUGCGCAUAUAAGGCAAAAGUAUUCAGCAUUUUGAUACAUUAUUUGUAUAAAUAAAGUGCAUAUGCAAACCAAAUGAUCAGGAUAAGUGUA